AUGUCCAUUCAUUCCGACUCACUAUCGGAGGAAGAAAGAAGCCUAUUCCAACCUUUCACCCGGGAGUCUCUUCAGGCAAUCGAGCUCCGUAUAGCCGAGGAACAUGCCAAACAGAAAGAACUGGAGAAGAAAAGAAUUGAGGGAGAGGCUGGUUUUGGACGGAAGAAAAAGAAAAAAGAAGUUCGGUAUGAGGACGAGGACGAAGAUGAAGGCCCACAACCAGACACCACUUUGGAGCAGGGAGUUCCACUUCCCGUUAGAUUCCAUGGUCUCUUCCCUGCUGAACUUUCCUCCAUCCCUUUAGAAGAUAUUGAUCCAUUUUAUCACAAUCAAUUGACCUUUGUUGUAAUUAGUAAAGGUCGAGAUAUCUUCAGAUUCUCUGCAACAAAAGCUCUCUGGAUACUUGACCCAUUUAACCCUAUCCGUAGGGUAGCCAUUUAUAUUCUUGUCCAUCCUCUGUUUUCUUUGUUCAUCAUAUUCACCAUUCUUCUCAACUGUGUCCUCAUGAUCAUGCCUACAACACCAACCGUCGAGUCUACAGAGGUGAUCUUCACGGGGAUCUACACAUUCGAAUCAGCAGUCAAGGUGAUGGCUCGUGGGUUCAUACUUCAGCCGUUCACAUACCUUAGAGACGCAUGGAAUUGGCUGGACUUCGUAGUUAUAGCAUUGGCCUAUGUUACAAUGGGAAUAGAUCUUGGAAACCUUGCCGCCUUAAGGACAUUUAGGGUACUAAGAGCCCUCAAAACUGUUGCCAUUGUGCCUGGUUUAAAAACUAUUGUUGGUGCUGUCAUUGAGUCUGUGAAAAAUCUGAGAGAUGUAAUAAUUCUUACAAUGUUUUCCCUGUCAGUUUUUGCUUUAAUGGGUCUUCAAAUCUAUAUGGGAGUUCUUACACAGAAAUGUAUUAGGAAUUUUCCUGAAGAUGGAUCUGCAGGCAACCUAACUGAUGAAAAUUGGUUUAAACAUUGUAGCAAUUCAUCAAAUUGGAGUGGAGAAGAUGAUGUUUAUCCAUUGUGUGGAAAUUCAUCUGGUGCUGGUCAGUGUAGACCUGGAUAUACAUGCAUGCAAGGUUUUGGACCAAAUCCAAACUAUGGAUACACAAGUUUUGAUACCUUUGGUUGGGCACUUCUUUCUGCAUUUAGGCUUAUGACCCAAGAUUACUGGGAGAACUUGUAUCAGUUGAUUCUGCGCUCGGCUGGUCCGUGGCACAUGCUGUUCUUCAUAGUAAUUAUCUUUCUUGGGUCAUUUUAUUUGGUGAAUCUCAUUUUAGCUAUUGUAGCUAUGUCAUACGAUGAGCUCCAGAAAAAAGCUGAAGAAGAAGAACAGGCAGAAGAAGAGGCUUUAAGGGAAGCUGAAUUAGCAGCACAAGCAAAAGAAAAAAAGCGGGAAGCACGUGCUGCUAGAACAGCUGAAAGGGAAGCUGCAGCCGAAGCAGCUCUAGAAGCUGGUAGUGUCAUCAAAUCCCCUUCGGACUUUUCAGCUCAUUCCUAUGAACUUUUCAUUGGACAAGAAAAGGGCAAUAUUGACGACAACAACAGAGAGAAGAUGUCGAUACGAUCUGAAUCUUUAAGCCAUGGGCGUCCUAACACUGCAGGAAGCAGAGGAAGGAAAGUCAGUGUGGCUAGCCUAAGUUUGCCAGGCUCCCCAUUCAACCUGAGACGGGGCUCCCAUCAGUUUACAAUGCGGAAUGGGCGAUCAAGGUUCGCUGGCGAAAGGAAACCCCUCGUCCUCUCAACCUAUCUUGAUGCUCAGGAGCACCUGCCUUAUGCGGAUGAUUCGAAUGCAGUGACACCAAUGUCAGAGGAGAAUGGAGCAAUGGUGGUUCCUCUGUACAGCGGUGGCUUUGGUAUGUCAAGGCAUUCAUCUUACACAUCACAUGCUUCACGACUCUCCUACACUUCACAUGCAGACUUGCUGGCAGGUGGACGAACUAAGGAAAGCAGAUUGCGAUCGAGAUCAAGUCGAAACAGCUCUGCAACUGUUAACCACCAGCCAAAUGCUUGUCAGGCUCCUACUCUGCUGGAUAACAAGCAUUUCUCCAGAGAUUUUGAUAUGUCUGAUUUAGAAGACGGAACUUCUAAAGGUAAACACCUUGACAAUACUUACAUCGAACCUUCGCAACAGCAAACUGUCGUUGAUAUGAAAGAUGUAAUGGUUCUGAAUGACAUAAUUGAACAAGCUGCUGGGAGGCAUAGUCGUGGUAGUGAGCAUGGAGUUUCCGUCUACUAUUUCCCGACAGAAGAAGAGGAUGAGGAGCCGACAGCGAAGGAGAAGUUUGUUGCCCUCUGCCUGCACUGUAUCGAUGUCUUCUGUGUGUGGGAUUGUUGUGGACCAUGGCUUAAGUUCCAGGAGCUUGUGGCAUUCAUCGUUUUUGAUCCAUUUGUCGAAUUGUUCAUUACACUGUGCAUUGUUGUCAAUACACUCUUCAUGGCACUCGACCAUCAUGAUAUGGACAAAGAAUUGGAAAAAGCCCUUAAAAGUGGAAAUUAUUUUUUUAGUGCAACAUUUGGUAUUGAAGCUGCAAUGAAACUAAUAGCUAUGAGUCCAAAAUAUUAUUUUCAAGAAGGCUGGAAUAUUUUUGAUUUUAUUAUUGUUGCACUUUCACUAUUAGAACUCAGUUUAGAAGGAAUUCAAGGACUUUCAGUUUUGAGGUCGUUUAGAUUGCUAAGGGUUUUUAAACUUGCCAAAUCAUGGCCUACGCUCAACUUGCUCAUUUCAAUUAUGGGUCGAACAGUGGGUGCCUUGGGUAACCUGACUUUUGUACUCUGUAUUAUUAUUUUCAUUUUUGCUGUAAUGGGAAUGCAGCUUUUUGGAAAAAACUACAUAGACAACAUGGAUCGCUUCCCUUUUAGAGAACUUCCAAGGUGGAAUUUCACUGAUUUCAUGCACUCUUUUAUGAUUGUAUUUCGGGUCUUAUGUGGAGAGUGGAUUGAAUCCAUGUGGGAUUGUAUGCUUGUUGGAGAUGUCUCAUGUAUUCCAUUUUUUUUAGCAACAGUGGUCAUCGGAAAUCUUGUUGUAUUAAACUUGUUCUUGGCUCUCCUACUCAGCAAUUUUGGUUCUUCAAGUUUGUCAGCACCAGCAGCAGAUAAUGAAACAAACAAAAUUGCUGAAGCAUUUGAAAGGAUAGGGCGGUUCACUGGUUGGAUCAAGAGGACUAUUAUGAUAGGAGCCAAAGCUAUUCGAGCCAAGCUGACCAAUCAGAUCUCCGAUCAGACCCAAGGUGAGGGAUCGCCGCGCACCUGGGAUCAAGGAGGGCGAGACAGAGAACUGGAAGACAUUGGUGGUGAUGAAAUCAGAGCUGAUGGGAUGGUUUAUCGAGACAAAAAGGACCAACUGGAAGUGGCGAUAGGAGAUCUUAAGAGUAAGCUCAACAAAGUACAUAAGAAUCAUAUUGGAAAUUCUAUAGGCAAUCAUCAGGACAAUCGUAUUGAUUCUGAAUAUAUUAGGACAAGAUACGAUGAAGAUUCUAUUAGGUAUCUACCAAGGGAUAUGGACCUGAACAGAAAGGAGAAAUUACAUUUGUUAUCUGCCCUUCAAUUCAAGGACGGAACGCCCCCAUAUAUUGAAGAAGAAGACAUUGUCAUAGAAGCUGGUGGAGAAGAUUUGUUGAUGGCUGAUUAUCCAGCAGAUUGUUGUCCUGAUCAUUGUUAUAAAAGAUUUCCAUUCUUAGCGGGAGAUGAUGAUGCCCCAUUUUGGCAAGGUUGGGCCAAUCUACGUCUCAAAACAUUUCAACUGAUAGAGAACAAAUAUUUUGAAACAGCUGUUAUUACUAUGAUUUUGCUCAGCAGUCUAGCUUUGGCUUUAGAAGAUGUGCACUUGGCAUCACGACCAAUUCUUCAAGAUAUUUUGUAUUAUAUGGACAGAAUUUUUACUGUUAUAUUUUUUUUGGAAAUGUUAAUCAAAUGGCUUGCCCUUGGUUUUCAAAAAUAUUUCACAAAUGCUUGGUGUUGGUUGGACUUCAUAAUUGUCAUGGUAUCUCUGAUAAACUUCACGGCGUCCCUGCUUGGUGCGGGAGGGAUUCAGGCAUUCAAAACAAUGCGAACUCUCCGCGCUUUGCGUCCUUUAAGGGCAAUGUCCCGGAUGCAAGGCAUGAGGGUUGUUGUAAAUGCUUUAGUUCAAGCAAUACCAAGCAUCUUCAAUGUGUUAUUAGUUUGUUUAAUAUUCUGGUUAAUUUUUGCCAUAAUGGGUGUUCAGCUGUUUGCUGGGAAAUAUUAUAAGUGUGUGGAUGCAAACAAAGCUGUUUUGAGCUACGAAAUAAUUCCGGACAGGAAUGUUUGUGAGGCUGAAAACUUAACCUGGGAAAAUUCUCCUAUGAAUUUUGAUCAUGUAGGAAAAGCAUAUUUAUGUCUUUUUCAAGUGGCAACUUUUAAGGGCUGGAUCCCAAUCAUGAAUGAUGCCAUAGAUUCUAGAGAUAUUGGAAAACAACCCAUAAGAGAGACAAAUAUAUAUAUGUAUUUAUACUUUGUAUUUUUUAUAAUAUUUGGUUCUUUUUUUACUCUUAAUCUAUUCAUUGGAGUUAUCAUUGACAAUUUCAAUGAACAAAAGAAGAAGAUGACUGGAGGUUCUCUUGAGAUGUUCAUGACAGAGGAUCAAAAGAAGUAUUACAAUGCAAUGAAAAAAAUGGGAUCCAAAAAGCCAUUGAAGGCUAUUCCCCGGCCAAGGUGGAGACCUCAAGCAAUCGUUUUUGAAAUUGUGACAGAUAAAAAGUUCGACAUGAUUAUCAUGUUGUUCAUCGGUUUUAACAUGCUCACAAUGACAAUGGAUCAUUAUCAACAGACUGAAAUGUUUAGUUUUGUUCUUGAUAUGCUCAACAUGAUUUUCAUUGUAAUUUUUUCAAGCGAGUGCCUAAUGAAAAUCUUUGCUCUGCGUUACCACUAUUUCAAAGAGCCCUGGAACCUCUUUGAUUUUGUGGUUGUUAUUCUAUCUAUAUUGGGUUUGGUGCUCAGUGACAUAAUUGAGAAGUAUUUUGUAAGUCCUACACUGUUAAGAGUAGUUCGAGUAGCAAAAGUUGGCAGAGUUCUGAGGCUGGUCAAAGGUGCCAAAGGAAUUCGUACCCUUCUUUUUGCUCUGGCAAUGUCGCUCCCAGCACUUUUCAACAUCUGUCUACUGCUUUUUCUUGUUAUGUUUAUUUUCGCUAUUUUCGGAAUGUCAUUCUUCAUGCAUGUCAAGGAAAAGAGUGGUCUUGAUGAUGUUUAUAACUUCAAAACAUUUGGCCAGUCGAUGAUACUUCUUUUUCAGAUGUCUACAUCGGCUGGCUGGGAUGGUGUCUUGGAUGGCAUAAUAAAUGAGGAAAACUGUAGUAAACCUAAUCCAGAAAUGGGGUCACCUGGAGAUUGUGGAUCUUCUACCAUUGGGAUUGCAUUUCUUCUGUCAUAUCUUGUCAUUAGCUUUCUUAUUGUUAUUAAUAUGUACAUAGCUGUUAUUUUGGAAAAUUAUUCUCAGGCAACAGAAGAUGUCCAAGAAGGCCUUACUGAUGAUGAUUAUGAUAUGUAUUAUGAAAUAUGGCAGCAAUUUGAUCCUGAUGGUACACAGUAUAUAAAGUAUGAGCAACUGUCUGAUUUCUUAGAUGUUCUGGAGCCUCCUUUACAAAUCCAUAAACCUAACAAAUAUAAGAUUGUUUCUAUGGACAUUCCUAUUUGUAAAGGGGACAUGAUGUUCUGUGUAGAUAUUUUAGAUGCACUCACUAAAGAUUUCUUUGCUCGAAAGGGUAAUCCUAUUGAGGAAACGGCAGAGUUAGGAGAGGUAGCACCUGGAAGACCUGAUGAAGUAGGCUAUGAAGCUGUAUCAUCUACACUUUGGAGGCAGCGUGAAGAGUAUUGUGCUCGACUAAUCCAAACAGCGUGGCGAAAACAUAAACAAGCUCGUCAAACUUCUCCAGAAUCACCAGAGCGUGCUAGAGACACUGCUGUCCUUGUGGAAAGUGAUGGGUUUGUUACAAAAAAUGGUCAUAAAGUUGUUAUACAUUCACGAUCUCCAUCAACAACAUCAAGACUUGCUGAUGUUUGACCAUCGUCUCAAUAAUUUUUUAUCUCGAAAUAAAACAAAUAGCUUUAUUGUUUUUAUUAA